UAGUCUUUGUUGUCAGCUGGAAAUAUCCGAACGAAAAUUAUGGCAGAAGACCGAUUGCAACGACUUUGUCGAAUUGCACCCUUUUCUAGGCUGCAAAUCAAACUAGUAGAUUGGCUGGAAGAAUUUAACAUUAAUUCCUGUGAUCAGAAUGUGAUGCGUUGUUGUGAUAUCCUUGAGUUAAAUGCCCUCAUUCAACAGGAACUUUUCAAGUUGCUGAAUCAAUCUGCUGCUGAAGGUGGACUUUAUGGUGGUGCAGCUGCUAUAAAAACAAAGUUUCUUCCUUGGUUAUCCCAUGAUUUAAUUUCUGGUAAUCGAAUGUUACUUCCUUCCUUUGGAAUGCAACUGAAAGACUAUCAGUUAACUUAUCAGAAUAAGGAAGAUGAAUUAAGAACUAUUCAAGCAGAGAAUGCAGCUUCUCAGGACAAAGCUAAGCUGGUUGUGCCACAAGCAUCUUUGAGUGCAGUGCAAGAACUUCAACAGGACCAAGUUGUGCAACGUUUUAAGGAAAUGUAUUACACAGACAGAAUGGAUGCCAUGAACAUAUUGAAACUUUAUUGUGAUGAUCAAAUUAAACUAGAAAAAAUAAUCUUUACUGUUUUUCAGAAAGCCUGUUCAGCAGGACGAUUUAGCCUUCAUCAAUAUAAAGCCAAACUUCGAGAUUUUUUUGAUGGCAAAUAUGACAGCCCUCAGUCAAAGGAGCAAUUGAUUCAAGAGUUUAUCUUCAGACUUGCUGGCCCUUAUGAUUUGGGAGCUAUUGUGACUGAUGUUAUUGAAGAUGUGGAUUCAUCCUUAAACUACUUACUUCCAACUGGCUGCAGUAUUUCAGUAAUUCAGUCAUUUAUCCGUGAAGCAUGUAAACUAGGUUGGAAUAUGGCUUGCCUGGUUAUUCCCAUUGACAUUGACCUUGGAAUUGAAACAGUUUUUGAUCCAGUGAAAUAUCGCCGUAGUGUCAAUUCAGAUUACAGAAGUCGCAUAAUCAGUCACUAUAUAUGGCCAUGUCUUUUCCUUGGUUCUUCUUUGGCCAGUAACCGGAAAGUUAUUUACCAAGGUGAAGCUGAAACUCGUAGUACAGUUGAUCAGAAAAUAAUAAUGGCAGACCCUCAGCUUACUCAAGAAAUGAAGAAACAUAGGCUGAGCAUAGUGAUUUAGAAAUAUCUCGAUCUUUAAAAGUUGCCAGAUCUUUCAUCUACAAAGUUUGUAAGGAGCUAGAGACUGAAGAUGGAAAAGUAUCUCCAGUAUCAAAGCACAAAAAGCAUUCUAAAUUCUCUGAAAUCAUCAGAACACUUGAAUUUAUCCAGCAAGUUCAAUAGAUCAUUGAUUACAAUCUCAGAAAGUCCAUGAGGUGAAUUGCAAAAGAUCUCCAUGUGUUAGAAGGAACAGUCAGAAAUGUUGUCCACGAAGACAACAGAUAUAAGUCUUAUAUGAUGAGGUAAGGUCAAGUUGUCAGAAAAAGCAAAAGAAAAAUACUACAUCAAAUCUACAUGGCUCUCAAACAAACUGAAAAAUCCAGUAGAAGAUUUGAUUUGGCUUUUCUCAAAUGAGAAAAACUUCAACCAAGAUCAAAAAGUUAACAGAAGAAAUGACAAAUGGUUAUGUGCAGACCCUUCUGAAAUUCCAAGUGUUAUGCAUACAAAAUUUCUUGCAACUGUCAUGGUUUUAGGGGUUGUCAGCAAUGAAGGACAUGUGAUGCCUCCUUACUCCUUUCCACAAGGCCUUAGAGUUAACUCUGCCGCCUACAAAUAAUUAAGCCCUGGAUAGACAGUGUAUGCAAUGGAAGGUCAUAUGUGUUUCAGUAAGACUCUGCACUAUUACACAUGGCUCUAGUAACACAGGAGUGGAUGGCUGAAAAUUUUCAUGAUCACACAACCCCUAACAUUUAUCCUUCUAAUUCUCCAGAUCGCAAUCCAUUGGACUAUUACAUGUGGAGCAUUGUUGAGAGUGAGGUCAAUGAACAGGCCAAUAACACCAAAGAUUCUUUGAAAGUUGCCAUAGUCAGAGUAACGUCCAAAACAAACCAGGACUUCUUGAUUCAAGCAUUUAGAUGCUUUAGAUCUCAUAUAGAAGCAGUUGUUGAAGCUGAAAGUGGCUUUAUUGAAUAACAUUACAGAAAAGGUUUAUUUUUAUCCUCAUAGCAUUUUUUGAUAAAUAAAGUUAUUAUCUGUUAUUAUAUAUGUUUUUUUAUAAACAUGAAUCUGUCCUCAAAUACCUUACGCACCCUGUAUAUUCAUGUAUAUAUGCUCAUAUACACACGCAGAUACACUCACAUAUACCUUCAUACAUAUACAAUCACUUACAUAUGUAAUAUAUUCACAUACAUAUACAUCUCUAGGCAUCCCCAUAUAUAUACAUAUAUAUGCAUACUUAUAUACAUACACCAAUCAACAAAUACAUGCACAGACAUACAUUUAUUUACAUAUAUGUAUGUACUUAGGUAUAUUUUUAGGCACUCCUAUACAUAUACAUAUGGGAUGAGAAGAACGGAGUGGGGGACUGAAUUAUAAUUAUUAUUUUUAUACAUCUUGAAAAUGUAUACUUGGUGUAGUGAUUACACCUUGGAACUUUCUCGUCAUGCUUGUUUACCAGGUUCUUAUUACUCAGCAGUAUACUCAAUGCUUCCUCAAGGCUAAGGUCACAUUUACCAGACUGCAAAUUACAUGGGUGUGCAUUUUUUAUUAUUGACCAUUUUAUUUCAUAUUUAAUUUUUGAUUCUUUCAGUCUCCAUAUUAGGUCUGCCAGUGAAGUUGUGUUAUUUUAUUGAAUGACGAGAUGUAGUGGCGAUAACGGACAUUGAAUUGGUUUUCCGAGGUACCUAUGUAUGCAUAUCUAUGUUGGGAUGUGGAGAUUGUGCAUUUGUAUAUUAUGUUUUUUAGACACAUUGGUUCAUGAGCGCACAAGCAGAUUUUCUACGGCAUAUGCAGUUAUUUGUACUAUUAUUAUGUUUAUGUUUAUCUGGUAACUUUUUGAUUCUGUUUUCAUGAUGUUCUAUUUGAUUGUUAGUGUCUAAAGCAUUCUGGAAUUGGCUGUCUUUUUUGUUGGAUCUUUUUUGAUGAUUCAUUCUAAUUUUAUUGCCUCUUUAGUAGAAAGUGGGUUAUACAUCUUUAGAUUGUAUACCUGACUUUCUACUAUAAAAUUAAAGAAUAUAAACAGAACGCUGAACUCCAGACUAAAUAACUUAAACAACAUUUUAUUUAAGUGGUAAACAUACAUAUCUUUAGUUAUACAUCUUUAGAGGUGAGAAUAACGAGCUGUCAAGUGUAAGACCGAAAGAUGUAGAGACAGCUUUAAACACACGUCCAUGCUCAAUCGCUGGCCAGCGAGAAAGAGAAUGACUUGAGCGGGAAACGCUUGCUUGUUUAAUUCUACGCAUGCGUAAGACUACGCAUGCGCAGGCGUUACUACAGAGCUCCCUCGCCAGAGCGGAAACACACGAUAAAUGAAAUCUGUUAGAACGCCUGAGGCAGGAUGGCCACUGAAAAACCACCCACAAGAUGUGGUACAAACACACA